AGGCACCCAUCGCUCGCUCGCUCGCCUCCCCCGCGCUGCUCGCUCGUAUCCCCCCGCGGCAUCGCUCCCACCGCUCCGAGCGACGACCGACGGAUGAUGCGCACAUUCAACUUUGUCAGUCACCACCGACAACCCAUCGCAUCGAGCAGCGCGAUGGAGUAUCCGCCACCUCCGCCGCCUCCACCGCCGCCGCCAGGAGCAGCAGAGGCCAGCAGCAGCAGCAGCUCGGGCGUCAAGCGCACGCGGCUGGGAUGUCUGACGUGUCGCAAGCGACGGGUCAAAUGCGACGAGACAAAACCGACGUGCAACGCAUGCCGCCGCCUCCAGAAGGAGUGUACAUGGCAGGACGCGCACGCACCGAGCACGCGCCGCCUCCCGCGCCGGCCGAACGCUACGGCGUGCGAGGCGUGCCGGAGCCGCAAGCUCAAAUGCGAGGGCGACCCGCGCAACGGCGCCUGCUCGCGCUGCGAGGGCGCCGGGCUCGACUGCGAGUGGGCGGCGUCUGGCUCUGGCUCUGGCCGCGCACGGCCGUACGACCGGCCCGAGAGCGAGCGCAGCGUCGGGCACGAGUUUGGUGGCCCGCCGCCGGGGCAGCCGCAGCCGCAGUCGUCGGCGCCGUCGGCGCAGCCGUCAGGCCCGUCCCCGGCCCAAGCGUACACCCCGCACCCGACACACUCGAGCCAUCACUCGCACCGCUCGGCGCCGGGCGGAUCGGUGCCCUCCCUCGUGCAGGAGCCGUCGACGGCCAUGGCGGAUACCGAGGCGCUCGUCGACCGAUACUUUGACAGCGUGCAUCACUUCGGCUUCCUCUCCUUCAUCCACCAGCUGAGAUUCAAGCGCCUCCUGGCCGCCGGCAAGGCGCCCCGCGACCUCACCAUGGCGAUGCUAGCCAACACGCUGCGGUUCGCGUGUGACCCGACGCCCGAGAACCUGGCGCGCAGCGACCAGCUCAUCGACACGGUCAUCCACACGCUCGUCCCCAAGGCGCUGCAGGGGUUCGGGGCGGUCCAGCUGAUGACCACCAUCCUCACCCACACGUGCGAGGUCAACCGCAACAACUUUGCGUCGUCGUGGAUCCUGACGGCCAUCUCGGCGCGCAUGAUGCAGAUGAUGUCGCUGCAGACGUUUGACCGCACGUUUCCCGACGACCUGUCGGGCGCGCCGCUCUCGCCGCUGCUCUCGCGCGAGGCGCUGCGCCGGCUCGCAUGGGCAGUGUUUUACCAGGACUCGAUGGCCGACGGCGGCAACUACGGCUUUCAGCUGAUCGACGUGCUGGCGUACCGCGUCCAGCUGCCGUGCAACGAGCAGAGCUUCCUCGGCAACGACGACGUGCAGACCGAGCCGCUGUACCCGCGCCCGCACGAGAAGAACCCCGGCGUCCUCGGCAUCUCGGGGCAUCUCAUCCGCGCCGCGCACCUCCGCAGACGGGCGCUGCAUCUCGCGUUUAGGGUGCAGAACCGCGAGGCCGGCGUCGAGGAGCUCGAGCGCGAGGCCAUGGCCAUGGAGUCGCAGAUCACAGAGUUUGUCAACACCCUCCCGGCAAGAUACCACUUCACAGCAGACAACACGUACCUCCACCACAAGAGACUGCCAUCGUACAUGGUGCUGCAUCUGCUCCGGCACAACCUGUACAUUAUCCUCGGGCGCGCCAAGCUCAUGCUGUACAAGCUGGAUCCACGGCUCGAAGGGCUGCUACCCGGCGUGAGGAAGGAGCGCGUGUCGCACGCCCUCCCGAUUGCGGGGAUCAUUGAAGAGGGGUUGAAGUACAACCAGCCGCUUGACCCCCACACUGCGAUCCAGGCGUAUGUGGCGUUGGAGAUCCUCUUGUUCGAGCCACGCCGCCUCGCGGCCACCGACCCGACCGUCAAUCCCCGUGCAGACAACCUCAUGGCUGCGAUCCCGCCUCUGCUGCAGGUCAUUCGUGAGAUUGGUCGGCGGUCAGACAUGAUGCGGUUAUUGCACGUCGAAGCAGUCCACCGCAUGCUCCGCUGCGACCUCCUCUCCCUCCUGACCUCCUACGACCUCGAAGCCUUUUCCGCCGAGUAUCGCAUGGUCGGGACCGACGAGGCAGAGUUCAACUUCCGCGACUUCCGCUUCGCCAAGAUGGAGCGUCAGCGGCGUGGGGUGGCCGACCCGCGCUCAACGUCGUCGAUGCAGCCCGAAUCGCUGCUCGAGUAUCCAGACGCCGACACCGUGUCGGCGCACAACCCGCCGUCGCCGCGGCGCGGGUCGGCCUCGAGCCAGACCCACAGCCAGAGCCACAGGCGCGAGCCGCAGGACCCGCGCGACGCCGUCCCCGGCCUCGUCGAACUCCAGUUCCUCGAGAACUUUGCCGCCCCGCCACAGGGCGGCCUGAACCCAUGGCUCCACUCGCUCGACCCCGUUGCCGGCGUGCAGGCCGGCGACCUCAGCUGGCUCCUCGGCCCCGCGAACGACCAGUCGACAUGGAACACGGCCGACCCCGAGUUCUGGAACGCGCUCGUGCCCGGGCCUGUGGGGCCAGGCCAGAGCUUUGGCGCCGGCGGGUUCCAGAUGUAGUGUAGUGUGUGCAGCGAAGC